AUGGAAGAUAUAAGUGAAAAUGAUGUUGAUAAUGUUGUUCUUGAUAAUGCAAUGGAAGAUUUAGGAAAUGAAGGAGAAAGAGAAGAAGAUGAAUUAGAGAAGAAGAAUGAAUACGUUGAGUGUGAGACAUCUAAAUUGAUACACAAAGAAGUUGCUAAUGAUGAAGAAGCUUACAAAUUAUACAAUGAGUAUGCAUUUACAUGCGGAUUUGGUAUCCGGAAGGGCAAAGUUUGUUGGAGAUAUGAUACAAAGACCAUCAUACAACAUUUUUUGGUUUGUAGUCGUGAAGGAUUGAAAGACAAAAAAGGUGGUGUGCCUAAGGCAUAUACUAAGAUUGAUCAACGUUGUGGAUGUAAAGCGUUUAUUCAAUUUGAUGUUUCCAAAGAGUCUGGACUUUUUAUUGUUACUAAGCACCAUAUGAUUCACAAUCACCCAAUGGUGCCAUUGAAACAAAGACAUUUAAUAAGAUCUCAUAGGAAAGUGACAGUUGAACAAUUGCACAUGAUUAAUAAUUUGAGAAGUUGUGGAGUUGGGGUUGCUGAAGCUGUGCGUGUAUUGAGGAAGGAAGCCGGGGGAUCUGCAAAUCUUGGUUUUGCGAACAGAGAUGCUUAUGAUGCAGUUGCUACUCAAAGAAAGAAAGAACUUGAUGGUUGUGAUAGUAACCAACUGAUUAAGAACUUUACGCAAAGACAAGCAACAAAAUAUGAUUUUUAUUAUGACGUUCGACUAGAUGCUAUAGGGCACUUAAUAAGUUUUUUUUGGAGAGAUGGAAGAAUGAGAAAGGAUUAUGAAGUGUUUGGAGAUUUAGUUGUUCAUGAUACGACGUACCGCACGAAUAAGUAUGGGAUGAUUUGCGGUCCGUUUGUUGGGAUGAACCAUCACCAAAGGAAUGUGAUGUUUGGAGUUGGUUUCCUAUUAAACGAAGACACCGAUUCUUUUGUGUGGUUGUUUGACUCGUUUUUGAAGAGUAUGGGAGGGAAAAAUUGCAUCAACAAUAUAAAAGCAUUGUGGGGAAAGGCUGGAUUUGUGGAUCUAUUCAAUUAUGUUCUAAAACAUUGUGAGACCAAGAGUGAGUUCAAGCACUACUGGAAAAGUAUGAUUACCAAGUACAAGUGUGCUGCAUGUCCUUGGUUGAUUAGGUUGUACAAGUUAAGGAAGAUGUGGCUUCAUAGCAUGCAAGGCCUUUGCGAUUUCUGCAAGGUUUUUAUAGAUGUUGUUGAGGAAUGGAGGGAUAGGGAGAAUGGUGAAGAUUACAAUGCACUUAAUGGCAACAAACAUCUAGCAUUUGUAGAUGUUAAGUUACUAAAUGAGGCGAAGAAGAUAUACACUGUGGCUGUGUAUUUGACAUUUGAGGAAAAAAAUUUCAUAAGAGAUCCACCUAAAAAGAGGAAGAAAGGAACUAGAAAUGUAAGGUUGAAAAGCACUGUGGAAAAGCAGGUGAACAUGUUAAGAGGGUGGAAGAAAACUGCUGAGAAAGCUGCAUUGAGGAACAAGGCAAAAGCGCAAAAAUCUAUCCAGGAAUACAUUGAUAUCCCUGAAGAAAGCACUGUAGCUCACUCAACACAGAACAAGUCUCUUCUUGAUGUGUAUGGUCCUGAUGAUUAUUUCUCUAUUAACCACAUCCCUGGGGAAGGUAGUAAAGUUGAGCAGCCGCAUCACAAAGCUGCUUUGGAAGUCUACCACGAAUAUUCUGAGAAGCUGUUCGGUAAUUGA